AGUCAAGCUAUCAAACUUGAUACAGUGGCAUUCAUGUGGUUUGAGCUCCAUAGCAACCAGAUGACCGAAACAGAAAAGUGGACUGUGUAAUUUGAAAGAGAAGAUGCCUCCCCUCAGAGGAAGAUACUUUUUUUGAAUAGGGAGCCAACAGAUGAAGAAGAAGAAUGUCGUCCACAAAGAUUAGCAAACACAAACCAGCAGUGGAGUCUCCAUCAAAGCCACGAAACAGGUUGAAAGAGCUCCAUGUGACCCCGUUGCAUCACAGCAGAGCAGCCAGCUGUCCCAGAGCAAGCCAGAAGGGGGGUCUUUCCGAGAUGAGAUGUGAACGCAGAACCAGGUCCAGGUCCACUGCCCCCAUACCCAACGGCUUAAAAGGAAAGCAGGACUUGCCCUUGGUAAAGCAGCCACUUUUAGAUGCACAGUGGCGGGAGGGGAGCAAGGGUCCCGGGCUGAGGGGGCGAGCGGGCGUCCAGACUCAGAGGAAGCCUUUAAUCCAGAGCCACAGAGCCUACACAGUCAUCCCACCAAACCCCAAAAAGAGACAGGAGAUCCAAAGAAAGGCAGAGGCUGAACUCGCCGCUCUGGAGGAGCUGAGGCUGAGCAGAACAAUGGCAAACGUCACCAUCAAACCCAGCAGCGUUGGGGGCUGCAUGAGUCUGGAAGAAGUUCGACUGAAGCAACAGCAGGAAAUGAUGCAGGCCAACAGGAAACCGAUAAGAAAGCAACGGUUGGAGCAAACACGUGUUCUGACGGGUUGAUCUUGAUGACGGUGCAUGAGAUGAGAAUCCACAUCCUUCCUCGGUUUAUAAAAUACAAUUAUGCCAACAAAAUUGUCGUCAUUCUUAAUUCACUUUGAAAGAUCUUCGGUGACACUGAGGCGCAUGACAAGAAACCAUUGGGGGAAAUAAUUAAUAAGUCAAAAUAUUGACAUUGUUGUCGUUAGACAACAUUCUAUGUGGGAAAUAUUACAAUUAAAAGACACUGUUGCCCCGCCCAAUUGACAAAAUGUCACAAUGUACAUGAUGAAGUCACACGGGGAGACUGGAACUCUCCAGUGCGCUUGCUUGUAGAAAAAUGAUCGGCCAUUUUUGUAGUCCCACUGACACGCCACAUGUGUGACGUAAAUGCUGCAUUCAAAAACUCACCCAAAGAUCCGGCACUUGUUUAUGCUCUGUGUCAGGUGUAAAAAAAUAAAUUGAAUAUAAUACUG